CAAUCAUGGCAGGUAGGUGACUACAGAACGCGGAUUUUUCCCUCCUCCCCCAAAUACCGCGAUAACGCACAAAGGGGCGAGAACUGAGACUUCUAAUCCGUGCUACGAGAGUGUUAAAGGUGGUCAUAAAACCACAGCGACCAGGCCUUUGUGACGUUGGCUACCAAUGACAACUAUGCGAAAGGAGCCAUGGUUCUGGGCCAAUCCCUGCGCCGCCACAAAACCUCCAAAAAGCUGGCAGCCCUCAUCGGGCCCCAGGUGUCGCAACCAUGCCAGUCUGUACUGAGGAGGAUUUUCGACGAGGUUCGGCUAGUCGACGUGCUGGACAGCGGCGACGCGGCCCACCUGGCGCUGAUGAGGAGGCCCGAAUUGGGCGUCACCUUCACCAAACUCCAUUGCUGGACCCUCACACAUUACUCCAAAUGUGUCUUCAUGGACGCAGAUACUCUGGUGCUUUCGAAUAUAGAUGAGCUCUUUGACCGAGAGGAACUGUCAGCUGCUCCUGAUCCUGGCUGGCCCGACUGCUUCAACUCGGGCGUGUUUGUUUUUCGUCCGUCUGUGGAGACUUAUGACAAACUGCUUCAGUACUGCACAGAACACGGCAGCUUUGACGGGGGAGACCAGGGGGUUCUUAAUGGCUUCUUCAGCGACUGGGCCACAGCUGACAUUUCAAAACACCUCCCCUUCAUCUACAACCUCAGCAGCAUCGCCAUAUAUACCUAUCUACCAGCCUUCAAGCGCUAUGGCGCCAAUGCCAAGGUAGUCCACUUCCUGGGGAAGACCAAACCGUGGAGCCACGGCUUGGACGCUAAAACCAAAGCGAUCUCCGGGGGCGCGCACCCCUCCUUCCUCCUUGAUUGGUGGGUCUUGUACUCCACCACCGUGGUGCCUAUGCUGCAGGAGCAAUACGGAGACCAGCCCUUCCACACGGAAUGCAUGGAGGAGGUGGUGGAUGAUGUCCCUGCCUUUCCCGUAAAGUUCCCCUACACUGACAUGGUUACUUUUGGGAGCGCACAGGCUGUGGAGGAGAGCCUGGCAUCCGUGGCCGCCGCGCUCCACCUGUCGCCACCACCGCCGCAGGAGCAGCAGCAGCAGCCGUCCUCCGAGGAGCGCAAGCAGAAAUGGGAGCAAGGCCAGGCGGACUAUAUGGGGAAGGACUCCUUUGACAAUAUCAAGAAGAAGCUCGAUACUUUCCUCAAAUGAGGAGGGAGAAAAAAAGGAUGCACUUAAACUGCCACAGCAGACAUACAGGUGCAUCACAAUACAUUAGACUUUCUGUCCAAAAGUUCAUUUAUUUCUCUAGUUUGAUUUAAAAACUGAAACUGAUUACAGUGAGCCCCACAUAUUCGCAGGACGGCAAAUUCACUUAUUCAUGGAUUUAUUUAUUUUUUUCGUCUUUUUUUUGCUGGGGGGAAUAAAAAAUAAAUAAUCACUAUUAUUGUGCUCAUCUUGUUGCCAAGGAACUAUGUUGAAGUGACUUGAGAUUUAUUUAGACAAAAGUGGUGCUUUGCUGCCAUCUUGUGGCAUCUUAGUGCCAAGGAACUAUGUUGAAGUGGGCUGAUGAGUUUAAUCUAGACAAAAGUAAUGCUUUGCCGCCUCACCCUGUUGGCAUCAAUAGGCAAUUAACUUUUCUUUUUUUUUUUUUGUCAAUUGUGGAUUUUGCUACGGUAUUUGUGGCACCGUGUGGUCCCGAUCCCCUGUAAAUAGCAGAUAGGGAAGACUGUAUACAGAUUCAUGAAAUGCAAAGGAAAAUACUUUCCAAAAGGCCGAUUUCUGCGAUAAAAACUCUUGAUUGUUUAUGUAAAGGUUCUUUGAAUGGUGUAUUUGAUUACUGCUAUAAUCAAAAGUAAAACAAAUAUUCAUGAACUAUUUCACUGUGUGUAGUGAAUCUACAGUAAUAGUGAUGAAGCCGUACCCUGAGUCAUGGGAAAAACCACAAGCAACCACAAACUAUGUUACAAAAACACGCUAUUAUUUCAAACUCUUCUAACAACAUUACUCUUAAGAAUAAAUGGCUUACAGAUGACUUCAUUUAUAAAAAAAUGCACCGCAAGUGCACGUAUACAUGCGCAUGCGACUAAGACUCUGUAAUGACCCAGGCUAAAAUAAAGCUCCUAGCCAAGAUUCAAAGCUUGUCCUUCAGGUGAUAUGUAUCACUUCAACAUACUUCCUUAACAACAAUUCAUAGACAGGGCUUUGGCGGCAUCUUUUGGCACCUAAGGGCGUUCUCAGAAAGCGCACAAAGACUGCAGCUAGGCCAGUUUUCAAGCAAUUAGCUGGAGAUAGGUGCAACAGAAAAAAAUGCAAAUAGGUGAAUUUUUUAAUAGUGGACAGGGAAUAUACUGUACUGUAUUGUAAUUUCUUCGUUGUAUUUAAAAAAAAAUUCCCCCCACUGGAGGGAAAUAAUCAACAAAAUAAUCUACCAAGAAAUAGCUGUGUGUGUGUAGUGAAUCCAUACUAUACAAGUUUCACUUUUUCAAUCAAACUACUGGAAUACAUGAACUUUUAUUCCAUAUUCUAAUUCAGUGAGAUGCAACUAUACAUCAUCCAACAGCCUGAUCCCCCUCCCCACUUACCAAGAUAGCAGAGUUAAAAUGGUUUAUGUUCUAUCAUUAUUUAUGUUUUGCUUGCCACAUGCAACCAUAGGCUGUUGCAUUGAAAGCUGAAGAAAGCCUUUGUACCUAUUAUGUUUUGCACAUGACAUAUAACAUUUACAUGUACAUUCUUUCAUUUUUGGCUUUUUUUUUAAGUCACCUGAGCAUUUUCACAAAUUCUGUCGAACAGAUCAAAUGUUUACAGCACCUUUGAAGCCUUGUGAGCAUACGCAUGCUAUGCUGUACAGUUCGACAUUUUAUUUGACCAGGAUGUGUGAUGAUAUCUUACAUCCGGAAAUAUUAAUAAAGAAAAAUUAACCAAAAAAAAACUUUUGAAAAUAGAAA